AAAAAGGAAUCCACGCGUACGAAGUCGCGGGCGGCCGCUAGUAGAUAAUAAUACUGUAAAGUUUCAUCAAAAUCCGUUCAGUAGUUUUUGCGUGAAAGAGUAACAAACAUCCAGACAACCAAACUUUCGCAUUUAUAAUAUUAAUAGGAUUAAAGACAUGCAUUUAUAUUUUUUUCUUACAUUGAGUAAAAUACCCUAUUACAGCUCUACGAUUAAGAGAGUUGUUUAUGUUUGGGGGCUUCAUUAAUCUAAGGCUUGGGGUAAUAAUGAUACAUUGAAUGAUUUUUAUAGGUUGCGUGAUCUUCCUGGAGUACGAACCGGAGUCAUAUGAUCAGACCGUGAUGUUGGUGGGCAAAGGCGUGACGUACGACACGGGCGGCUGCGACAUCAAGGCGGGCGGCGCGAUGGCCGGCAUGUCGCGCGACAAGUGCGGCGCCGCGGCCGUCGCCGGCUUCCUCAAGGCGUGCGAGCUGCUGCGGCCGCGGCUGCGCGUGCUGGCGGCGCUGGGCGUGGUGCGCAACUCCGUGGGCGAGGAGGCGUACGUGGCGGACGAGCUGCUGCGCUCCCGGCGCGGCGACUCCGUGCGCGUGGGCAACACGGACGCCGAGGGCCGGCUCGUCAUGGCCGACCUGCUGGCCGAGAUGCACGAGCGCGCGCGCGGCCUGCCCGGCGCGCACAUCUACAGCGUGGCCACGCUCACGGGCCACGCGCACCGCGCCUACGGCGACGGCUACACGGCCGCGCUCGACAACCACGCGGCGCGCGGCCACGCGCAGCGCCUGCAGGCGGCCGGCGAGCAGCUGGGCGACAUGAUCGAGGUGUCGACCAUCCGGCGCGAGGACCUGGCGGCGCACCGCGGGCGCGGCGACGAGCGCCUGCACCAGGCCGACCCGCGGCCCUCCACCGCCACGCCGCGCGGCCACCAGGCGCCCGCCGCCUUCCUGCUGCUGACCGCCGGGCUGCACGCCGGCGCCGCGCGCUACACGCACCUCGACGUGGCCGCCAGCGCCGGCGACCUGCCGCGCGCGCCCACCGCCGCGCCGCUGCUGGCGCUCGCCGCGCACUACAAGCUGCUCUCCGUGUGACGCGGGCCCGCCCCGCCCGCCGGGCCCGGCCCCCCGCCGGCCCUACAAGCCGCUCUCCGUGUGACCGCCCAGGCGUCCGCACGCUCUAACGAAACAGUACAAUAAUAUUGCAUAAUAUUUUACACGUUAUACUUUAUACUAUCGAUUUAUAACUAUUUACGAUAUAUUAUAUUUUAUUACACAAAUGUUUUUUAAUAAACGGAGUAAUAAAUUGUUUGA